AGUGAAGAGUAUCAUUCAUCCGGUUUAUUAAAACUCCAUUUCAGUGAGUUAGACCUUUGCAACUAACAACGUGGAGUGUUAAACCACAUUUUUUUGCGUCCUAAGUUACACCCGAUACUUUCUUUGCAAUGCCAGGCUUAGAACCAGGAUAUAGGCCAUCUAAGAAAGGAUUUCUUGAGCGUCUGAAUGAUAACGAGGUUGUCAUUGGUGAUGGUGGAUAUGUGUUUGCUUUGGAGAAGCGAGGCUAUGUGAAAGCCGGACCCUGGACACCAGAGGCUGCUGUUGAACAUCCAGAAGCUGUUCGCCAACUUGCCCGCGAGUUUGGUCGUAGUGGUGCUGAUGUCAUGCAAGCUUUCACAUUUUACGCCAGUGACGACAAACUGGAGAACAGAGGCAACAAAUCUCAAGAAAAACACACUGGAGCCAUGAUCAAUGAAGCUGGAUGCAAGAUUGCUCGGGAAGUUGCUGAGGAGAUCAAUGGAUUGAUGGCAGGAGGCGUUUCACAAACACCUACCUACCUGAGUGGCGCUGGUAAGGAAAAGGUUCAAGAGAUCUUUGAAAAGCAGGCUAAAAUUUUUGUAGCCAACGACGUGGAUUUCUUGAUUGUUGAGUAUUUUGAGCAUGUAGAAGAGGCCUGUUGGGCAAUAGAAGUUCUAAAGAAAACUGGUAAACCAAUUGCGGCUUCGCUCUGCAUCGGCCCAGAAGGUGACCUCCAUGGGGUGUCUACAGGAGACUGCGCCGUAAAGUUGGCCGAAGCAGGUGCUGAUGUUGUUGGAAUCAACUGCCAUUUCGACCCCCAAAUCUGUUUGGAUGCUGUUCAACUUAUGAAGGAUGCUCUCAUGAACGCAGGACUAAAGCGCCACCUAAUGGUGCAACCACUAGGCUAUGUAACACCAGACUGCGGCCGUCAGGGCUUUAUCGACUUGCCUGAAUUUCCAUUUGGCUUGGAGCCCAGAAUCAUCACCCGCUGGGAAGCACAUGCCUAUGCUCGUAGGGCUUAUGAGAUGGGUAUACGAUACAUAGGAGGCUGCUGUGGUAUUGAGCCAUACCAUGUACGUGCAAUGGCAGAGGAACUUGCAAAUGAGAGAGGCUUCCUGCCAAUGGCAUCUGAAAAGCAUGGAAUGUGGGGAGAAGGCUUGAAGAUGCACACAAAACCUUGGGUUAGAGCAAGAGCAAGACCAGAGUACUGGAAGAAUUUAAAACCAGCUAGUGGCAGACCAUUCUGUUCUUCCUUGGCCAAGCCAGAUGCAUGGGGUGUUACAGCUGGUUCUGAGGACCUGAAGCAGAAGAAGGAAGAAACCACACAACAAGAGCUUCAGGCUUUGUUUAACAAGGCUUCAUGAGACAUCUUGAGCAAGAUUGAAAUGAUUAAGCAUUAAUUUGUAUUAUGAAUCUGGACUUGUAGAACUAGUAUCCAGGCAACCUCAUCUCAUCAUUGCAGCUAAUUAUUAGUUAAACAAUAUUUUCCAAUGCAGCUAAUUAAUGUUUUAAACAAAUACAUUAUUGGUCAAUAAUUUAAUUCCAGUAUCAAUGGAAACCAGGGUCAUGUACUAUAUUCAUACCCAGUGCCCCGAUUUAUAAGCAAUUAUUUUGGUAUGUAUAUGGGCAUGUGGUUUAUACAAUGAACAAACUUAAUAAAGUACUUUAUGAAUGUUUGAUUUGUCA